AUGAAAGGACUGCUCUUGAGUUCAGUUCAUCUGUCCCCUGUUGGUAGGAAAUCCAUCGGACUGACCGGGGACAUCUCCACUUCUAGGAAAUCGGGCAUGAAAGAGGCCAAAGCAAAAGAACUUGGGAUGGGGACACCACCUUCUCGCAACUUCCAGCAUCUCUCAAUGGGGACAAUCAGGAAGGCGCAUCACCUCUUUGAGUUGGAAGAAAUGCAAGGUUGCUUGCUUAUUUAUUUACUUGAGGGUCAAGACAAGCAAGGGUCGCCUUAUUGUGUGGGGGCAGACGCUUUUGGAAAAUCACAAAUGGCACGAAUGAGAAAGCAGCCAGCUGAGCUGGAAGACCAGGAAAGGCAGCACGCUUGGAGCCAUAUGAUAUGA